UGUUUAUUAUGUGUUGUCUCCUUAUUAUUGGUUGUUUACCAACAGUGACCUAUGGUGGAAAUUAUAUUGUGCAGUUUCUGGAUAAAUUUUCAACAGCUCCAGCAUUGAUGCUUGUUGUUAUGAUGGAAGCAAUUGCUGCGACUUGGGUUUACGGUAUUGAUAAUCUUGUUCAUGAUAUUCAAACACAUCUUGGUUUUGCACCAAAUUAUUUUUUUCGUGUUGCAUGGAAAAUUCUCUGUCCACUUAUUGUCAUGUCACUGAUGGUACUUUCAUUAACUUAUUCGGACGAAUUAAAAUAUGGUGAAUAUUUAUAUCCAUCAUGGUCUAUUAUAUUUGGCUGGUGCCUUAAUAUGGCUUUUAUUUUACCAAUACCAAUCGUUAUGAUGUAUGAAUUCAUACAACAUUCUGAUCCAAAAAAAUCCUUCAAAGAACGUAUUUAUCUUUUAUUUGUUCCAACUAUUACGAAACGAAAAUUGAAACAAGAGGCUGAAAAUAGAAGUGAAAUUGUUAUACCGUCGUUGUCACCUAUUUAUGAUGUUUAA